AUGAUGGACGGUGUUUGCAUCACCAGUCAGUUGGAGGAGCGACCAACACAAUAUCAAGAAAACGGAACUGCACCCAGAGCUGUGAAAGACUUCGGUAGUGAUCGCCACAAAAGACAAAUUAUUGGAGGUAAGAGAAAGUGGAGAUCUGACGGUAAAUGUGGUAGAGAUUAUCGCCUCCCUGAUAACAGUCCUGCUCAGUGUGACCCUGACGGGGAGUACCCGUGUUGUAGUGACUGGUUGCGUGGUGUGUGUAGUAACACGACUAAUCACUGCUCUUGUACUGACUGUGUAGACUACAGUGUUAUAUAUAGGGACUGGAGAGAAUCAGGAGGUAAGAGAAAGUGGAGAUCUGACGGUAGAUGUGGUAUUCAGUAUCCCCUCCCUGAUAACAGUCCUGCUCAGUGUGACCCUGAUGGGGAGAACCCGUGUUGUAGUCAGUGGCGGUGUGGUAACACGGCUGAUCACUGCUCUUGUUAUUACUGUAUAGACUACAGUGUUAUAUAUAGGGACUGGAGAGAAUCAGGAGGUAAGAUAAAGUGGAGGUAUGACGGUGGAUGUGGUAGUAGGUAUCCCCUCCCUGAUAACAGUCCUGCUGAGUGUAACCCUGAUGGGGAGAACCCGUGUUGUAGUUACAGGUGGGGUGGUAUGUGUGGUAACACGGCUAGGUACUGCUCUUGUUCUAACUGUGUAAACUACAGUAUAGUAAGCGAACUGAGAAAAUCAGGAGAAAAUUGUACAGUAACAACAGUAGGCGGGUUUCUGAAAAAUGUGUAUUUCAAUGAAGAGAAAAAACGAUACAACUUCAAGUGUACCCACUCUGAUGUGUACUUUGAAAAUGAAGAUUUUAGUGAUGAUAUAAUAUCUCGGUUUGACAGGGUCACUUCAGUGUGUGAAAACGAUUCCCACGUGUAUCAGGCAUGUGGGUUCAACACAGAAAUAACAAACACGGAUGUGCUGUGUGGAGGCUUGUUUUGCAAUAACACAUAUAAGAGAUGUGAUAAGAACUGUAGUGUAGAUAAUGUUUGUUCUGUAAAGCAUGACCCACAACAGUACACUGGAACUAGUCUCUGUAAUGAUAAAUGUGAAGACACUGACAAGUGUAUAGAUGAAAGUGAUUGUAACGGGUAUAAAUACGGAUUUAACUGCACAUAUGAGGGGAAGAAGGAGUAUGUUCCUGUACAUAGUAUAUGUAACGGAUACAAUUACUGUGCUAAAGAAGAGGAUGAACAGGACUACUACACAAACACAGGAUGUGUGACGGAGUGUGGGAUUGUACUGAUGGAAGUGACGAACUUCAUGACAUGUGUGAAUACAUGA